AUUCUUGAUUAAAGCUAGUUUAAGUGAAUGCGGUCAAAUUUACACGAAAAGGCCUGUUCGCUAAAAAAAACAGGCCUUAUUCGAGUUUAAAUUAUUGGAGCCAGACCUUGUCAUUUAAAAAAACGCUUCAAUUAGAAAAUACAAGUGAAAUGUCGUCCUUUACAGUUUUUGAUCUUUCAUCUACAGUGUCAGAUAACAUGAUUACUGGGUCAGAUUUUGAUUUACAAAAGCGGAACCCGAUUAAAGAUUCGAUUGUUGGUUAUGAUCAGCGAAUGUUUCAAUACAAGAGCAAUGACAGAUUUGUUCCGACACGCCGUUUUACUAAUUCAGAGUUUUUAAAGAAAACGCGUUCCAAUAAUUUUGACAUUUCGUCAUCUGAUAAUGACUUAAAAACAAUCAGAAAAGUGCGAUACCAAAAUGAAUUGAGAAAGUUAUUUCUUGAUCUUAACGAUCCAGACAGCGAUAAAGAGAAUAAAAAGGAAGAAGGUCCUAAAAUCAAACUCAUUCAUACAGACUGGGCUUGUAAGAUUCAUGACUUGAGGUUGAAAUUCCUUCCUGAUUUUGAAACUGUGAAAAAACCUCGAUUCGGUUCGAUAACCAACUACAUUUGGUCGAGCAAGCAACUAAUCGCAGCAGCUUCAAAUCGCAACAUUUGUCUUUAUCAUCCGUUCAAUGGUUUCACCAGAGCACUUGAUGUAACUGAUCACACAUGUAUGGCUUUCUCUCACAGUGGAGAUCUUUUGGCAUUAGCGUAUCGUAAGUCACGUCGUCGACAAUCAGAACAAGAUCUUUACGUUUUUGAAAUCGAUCAUAAGAAUCUUUUUGAUAGUGAAAAGUUGAACACAGAAAAAGUUAGAACAUCAACUCCUUUCGAUGUUACUGCUUUAUGUUACACGAGAAACGAUGAGUAUUUGAUGUGUGGAACAGAUGUAGGAAAAAUCAUAGUCAUCAAAUGUGUUUCACCGAACGAAAAAUUACCACCGACAAUUGCUCACACUUGGAUCUUUGCGACGACUUUAACUACUUCAUAUCACAAGAAUGAGAUUAAGAAAAUAUGUUUCUCAGCUAACUUUCGUUAUAUGGCUUCAUUAGACUUGGACGGUCAACUUGUUAUUUGGAAUGGCGGGCUAUGGACUUUUCUUUUCUGUAUUCAAAAAGAGAACUCGAAACUUUACAAACAUUUAGAAUGGCAUCCAUUUGUUGAGGAAGAAUUAAUUUUUGGAUCAUCUCGUAAUGCAUCUUUGUAUCUUGUAAAUGUUGUUCAGAAGAAAAGCGUUGCUUGUUACGAAAAUUGGAAUCAUAAUAUUGAGAUUUCAAGUAUUGCGUUUAAUCCAGUCACAGCUCAACUUGCUGUUUGUUUUUACAUGAGAGACGAUUUUAUCAAUCGAGUCACAAUUUUGGCUUCAAUGUCGCAAGUUCUCUGUACUUUUGACUUUGAUUACAUUCGUGGUGGUUUAAAGUUGAUUUGGAAUCCAUCAGGAACGAUGCUUGGAGCUGGUGCUCAAUGCUUUCGUUUCGCUUUUUGGAGCUUUCAGAAGAAACGCGAUUUAUCAUCAUUAAUGAUCAAAGGAUCAAAUAAAACAAAUCCGAUUCUUUUCACGAUGAAUGGUUCAAAGCUCAAUAAUUUACGCUAAUUCCUUGAUUUGGGCAAUGGCGACAAUUUGUUAUCAAAUUUAAGAUUAGUUUUUGUUUAUUUUGUGUUUUUGUUUAUAACUUAAAAUGUUUUCUUCUUUUAAUUUUUGGUGAAACGUCUGAGAAUAAUUUCUAAAUGGAAAUAAAGACUCGAAAAUGUUUGCAUCAAAA